GUUUUUGUUCGCUCUUUUAAGUUUUAAGUCGUCUGUUCUCAUUUAAAAAUAAAAUGAUUGUAGCUUAGUGAUUCCAUUUGUUACAAUGUAUUAGACUUUUUAAAUAAUAUUAGAUUUAAAUAAUAUUAAACGAAGUUUUUAACAAAAACAAUGUCGUUCAAAUGUUUUUGUUGGAGUUUAUCUUUUGUUUUCCUAACUAUCACUAUGGUGUUUUCUCAUGAAGGUAAUUAAUUAUGUUCCUACCUAUUAUAUCAUAUACUUAUUAUCAGCAUCAUACAUAUUAAUAAUUUUAUUUAUAUAAUCAAUUAAUAUUCAUUGAUUGUCAACAUUUAUGUAAAGGUGUUUUAUAAUAUACUAUUUAAUUAACUACUCAAAAUUAAAGUUUUUAGUUAUAUAAUAGUAUUUAAACCACUUUUCUGUGUUUAUUACUAUACAAAUUAAAAUAUUUGUUACUAUUUUAUUUAGAGGUUAUAGUAAUUAGGACUUUCAUUUUAUAGUAUUAUAAUACCUACAUUAAACGGUUGGGUAUCUAAUUAAUUAAUAUUCUAGUCUCGUGGUGCUGCUAAGUGUUCCCAUAAACUUGAAUUUUUUGUCAUUUCCUUAUGAAUUGUAUUAUCUCACUUCCUAAAUGUAGGUACUCUUUAUACAUUUCAAUUGUAAAAAUUAAAUUAAAUAUAACACACAUUUUAAAUGCCUCACACUAUGUACAAUAUGUUUACAUUUACCCUGUUACUCGCCAAUUUUUACUAAUAAAAUACAGGAGAAGAAAUUGUUUUCAAUUUAUAAAUAAAAACACAGUACUGCAUUGUACAGAGUUAAAUUAAACUAAUUUAACACCUCAUAAUCUCAACAAAAAUUAUUUUAUUUUUAAAGCACCUAUUUUGAUAAAGUAUCUAAUUUAAUUAAGAUGAUGUUACAGAAUAUUUUUAUAAAAUAUCUUCACAAGAAGAUCAUUUAGAAAUGAAUAUAAUAACACUUUCAAAUUCACGAAAAAAAAGAGAAGUUCUUCCUUCUACAACUGAUACAACCAGUACAACUCCUCAAUAUAAAAAUUCAUCUAUCCAAACAAUUGUGGAUAAAAACAAUGGAACAAAAACAACAAAAGGUAUCUGAUAAUAAUGAAUAAUUGAAGUGUUGAAAUUUAAGUUAAUUUAUGUGAACUUAUAUGAAACUUAUAUAUGAAUUUAUAUUAUUUAUAAGGGAUAUUUUUUAAUUUAUUUUGAGUUCAUAAAUAAGAUUUACAUACCUACCUAUUAUAUAUAAAAUAAAGUUUGAUUUAUAUUGGCUUUUUAUAAAAAUACUAUUCAUUUUCUACAUCACAAAAUUCAGCCCCUAUAAAGAGUGAUUAGCAGAUUUUGGUAUUUUUGGAACAAAAAUUGAAAUUUUUUGAUAAUUAAUGGGUUACUUCAGAGAGUAAAUCACUAACGAAAAUCAUUGUACAAAUGUUUUGUCAUCAUAGAAUCUUUGGCAAUCUUACAGGAAAUUGUAUUGAAAUUUUAGUAAUCAUUGUGAAAAUCUUGGCAUUCUGAAAUUCUGGUAUACACAGUAUUGAUCAAUGAUUUAUUCUCUGGAUUACCUUGUCAAAGCAAAUGAAAAUUAUUUUAUUACAGUUGUUUUUUAUUUAAUUUGAUUGACAAGGAAGUAAUCUUUUUAAAAAAUAAAAUACUAAGUAACAACAAUUAACUUUGAUAGGAAUAAAGGGAAUCCCGGGAAAAACCAUGUAAUUCAAGUAGUUAUUAAUCCAAAAAUUUGUUUAAUUAUCAUUAUUUAUUUAUUAAAACACAUUUCAAUAUUUAAAUCUGCAACAAAAAUUGAGUACAUUUGUGCAUUUCUACCUAAAUCAAUUGAUUACUAUUAUUAGAUAUUUUAAUCUAUUUAAAUAUUUGAAUUUUUUUUGUUUAGUACCAAGCUUAUCAAACACAUCAUUUGUUAUGAAAGAUGUUGAAAAGAUUUUUGGAAGUAAUAUAACUUCAGUGAAUAAUGAACCUCCUGUUCAAGGCAAUUCUGGUAAUAUAAGUUAUAUUGGUAUGUAUGAAGUUGUUGUAAUAGUUAAGUAAUUAUGUUAAUUUAACAUGUAUACAUUUUUUAGCUACACCUCAACCAAUUAAUUUAGAUUUUCCUUCAUCAAUUACCAACGAAACACUUGAAAAUAACAAUAUAACAAAAACUAAAAAUGUAAGUUUAGUUCAAUGUAUCUAUACUUAUUAAUUUACUAUUAUAGUUUUUAAAAGAAUUUGUUAUUUAAAUUAUUCUAAAUUGAUCUAAUAUGAGAAUUAUCUACACAAAUUAAUACCGAAAUUGUGCACAUAUUAAAUGUAAUAAAUUUUAAGUGUCUACACCAUUGGCGUAUCUGGAGCUUAAUCAAAGAUGGGGCGUUUUAAAAAUUGUAAUACAUCACAAAAUAUCACAAGGGGUUUCCUUGUCCCAAAGAAAAAGAAACAGUUAUCAGUUUUUUUUUUUAUAAUUAUUCAUCUUCUUGGCAAUUAAAAAAAUAAUUUGUGUAUAAACUAUAAUUAAUAACAUACAAAAAAUAAAUGCUUUCCUAGGAUAAUGGGGAUGAGUGUAGUCACUGUUGUAUGUUGGAAGUUGAGAAGGUAAGAUGCAAAAGGGAAUUUAAUGUAUAUCUGUAAGUAACAAUAAACCAUUGCUAACGAUUCUGAGCAGAGUUCUAUUGAUAGUGAUGCUUUGUCCACAAUAUAUAUGUCAUAUUAUGGUAAAAUAAUUAAAUAAGCAUUAUAUAUUUUUUUUAAUAAUAUUUAUUUAAUAUUGAUCCGAUUUUAAUGGUUUCCCCAUGUUUUCUUGAUUUUUCACAUUUUCUGGGAAAACUCUAGGGAAAAUCAAAAAAAUGGCAAUAACCUCUCUAAAGUACUUGUCCAGUCAGAUUUCCUUUUAGAAAAAGUAUUAUCAUUGUUAAUCGGAGCAAAAUUGCUAAUAGAAAAGUUGUCCACAGAAAAUAAAUAAACUUAAUACUUUACUAAUAUAUACUUGUAUAUAUAAUAUAAUAAUAUAUUAAUAUUUCAUAUAUUUUCUCGGUUAUUUUCCUUUUUCACUUUUGAUGAGAAAAUUUCUGAAAAAUCAAAAAAUGACCUCUCUAAAGUACCACCCUAUGAAAAUUUUAUUUCAGAAAAAGGUCUACAUCAGAGCAAGAUUUCUGGUAAAAUUUUUAUACACUGUAUAAAAAAAAAAGAAAAAAUAAACAUCUUUGCUAUAUUCAGAAUCUAAAAAUAAUAGUGUAUUAAUAAUAUAGAUGUAACAAUCAAAAUCCGAAAUUGGGGAAAAUUUCAGAAAUGUAAAAAUUGAAGUUUAUAGACAUUGUAGUUUUGUCCAAAUUAUGUAGGUCACUACUGUAUAGAUUUUUCCGGAAAAAAUCUGAAAUAUGAUGCUUUGACCACCGUGUAUUGUGGCUAUUUCAUAUUUUGCCUGGGCUUUUUUGAGAUUUACAUGAUUUUGGCCUUUACCCGUAAUGGCCAUAAUAAUAUACAUAAUAUAUAUUCAUAUCGAACAAUUAUACACAAAAAUAUUUACAUAAUUUUAAAGUGAUAUUAAUCUUUUUUCUCCUACAAAUUAUUCUAUGAUGACUACUGUUUGGACAUCCACAUUGAUAUCCUUAUAUAUGUUUUGGACAAAACAUUGCUCAAUUAUCACCUAUAGCCAUGAUUGAAAAAUCACAACUAAAAAAGUCCAAGGACGAGGCAAUCCACCCAUCGCCCCCAUUAUAUACGCCACUAAUUUACACUCAAUAUUUUGAAAAAUUACUUUUUUGAAAUUUGUAUUUUUGUUAAAAUUAAUCUCAAACUUAAUAUAUUACAUAAUAUAUAUACAAAAUUUUAAUAUAGGUUACCAUUUGAGAAAACUAAAUGUUGGUUAUAGUUUUACUCCCAAAAAUAGUGACUGCAAAAAUUAAUGGCAAUGUUCUAAAAUGUUUUUUAGAGCCGCUGGAUUCUACACUGUUAUAAUAGUCAAAUUCCAAAAUAAGUCAAUAUUUUCUGAAAAAUUUAGUGUAGUCACUUGAAUUAAUCACCAUGUAUAUAUCAUAAUUAAAAAAUUUACAUGUGAUAAAAGUUUUAUUAUUUAUUUAGAUAUUGCAUUAAAAUUGAUUAUCAGAGUAUUGAAUUUGGCUUGUUUGUACUAUAUUUUAAUUAUGUAGUAUUUUUGGAUUUUAAGAAUCAUUAUCUUUUAUAGUUUUACCUUAAGCAUACCCAUUUUAUAGUAACUAAAUGAUAUCUACAUUUUGGAGAAAAUAUUAUUAAUUUGAUUAUUUUAUAUAAUUUUUAGGAUUCUCAUAUAUAUUACAACAGUUCAACAAUAAAUAAUAAAAGUUUGUUUAAUAAUUAUUGGAUUGACUUAGAAAAUCACCCUAAUAGUAGCGUACACGAAAUGUUAUCAGAUUCUCAUCGUAGAGCAGCGGUAAGUUAACAAUAUACUUCCAGAUUAAUCAUUAAAUCAAUUAUUAUAACUAAAAUAAAAAUGAACUUAUUUUCAGACUAUAAACUUAAAGUUUCAAUUUCCAUUUUAUGGUCAUCUUAUAAACUCUACUACUGUUGCUACUGGAGGUUUUUUGUAUCUAGGAGAUUACAUUCAUUCUUGGUUGGCAGCCACUCAAUAUAUAGCACCAUUAAUGGCUAAUUUUGAUUUUAGUACAUCAAAUGAAUCAAAUAUUUAUUAUAUGGAUAAUGAAACAGCUUUAACAGUCACUUGGCAUAAUGCUAUUUUACAAGACAAACCUAAAGUUGGAGGAUUUACUUUUCAAACAACAUUGCAUUCAAAUGGAAACAUUGUAUUUGCUUAUAAACGUUUACCAAUUCAAAUCAAAGAAAUUGAUUCUACUAAUCAUCCUGUGAAAAUUGGAUUAUCUGAUGCUUAUGUACUGGACAAAACAAUAUUCUGUAAGUAAAAUUGUGUUAUUUUUGGCAAUGAAAAUGCUCAGUUAUUUUCAUGCAGUCCUUUAAGAUUUCCAAAAUUUCUCUUGGUGAUACCUAAUUUGAACCUCUAUCAAUAUUUUAAACAGUUCAUCCCUUAGAUCAGUAGUUCUCAACCAAGGUGACAUGGACCUGUAUAGUAGUGACAUAAAAUCCUCAGGGAAAAUAAAAUAAGAUAAUUAACAGUUAAAAUUGUUUAAAUAUUCAAUGCAUUAUACAUAUUUUGAUGGUAGGGCGACACAGUGUCAGAUUAUCAUGGAUACGGGUGACAUGAAUAAAAAAGUGUUGACAACCACUGCGUUAGAUCUUUUAUACCAGUGGUUCUCAACCUGAGGGGCACGCCCUCCUAGGGAGGAGUGACAAUUUUGGUGGAAUGUCACCUGAGAUGUGUAUUAUCGUCAAACAUUAAAAAAUCGAUUGGAAUUACAUGGUGCCAACCAUUUCAUUAAUUUGUAUCUAUUUAAUAAUAAUAAAUCUCAAAUGAUAAUAGUAUUUUUUUCCUAAUAAAUAAAUUCAUUAAACAGUUAAAAAGAUUCAUUGGACAUUCAUUGCAUGUGGUUGCAGCCACUGUUGUAGAUGGGGAAAGUUGGGAAUAUAGGAUACAGAUGGAUACAGAAUUUAAUUCUUCGCUCCACUCAGAAUAUAAAAAAACUUCAUUGAUUAUCAUUUAUAAAUCCAAUAAUCAACAUUAAAGGCAUGAUGUAUAUAAAUUUUUUGUAACAUAAUUCAAUUAUUAUGGUAUGGAGGGGUGUGUCAUAAGAUCAUAAAAUCAUAAAAUAGUAUGAAAUUGGGCUUAUACCUCAAAAGAUUAAGAACCCUUGCUUUAUAUAGUAUUUUAUGAAUUUCUGGAAACAAGGGAAAAACACAACUAAUUUUAUGUCACUCAAAUUUUUUUUUUCAUCUGCUAUUAUUUAUCAUAAUAUACAGUAUACAAAUUAAAUUACCAAAUAUAUACCUUUUUAAUUAUCCACCUAUAACCGAUGGCAUAUUUAGGUUUUCUUCGCUUAUAGGUACUAACCAAUUCGCCUCUUUUUCCUCUCCAUCAUUCCUAUAAUUAUUGAUAAAAUAUAAUUUUAAGAGUUAAAAUUUAUUAUUAUUAUUACUUUUUUUUAUGGAAAUAUAUACAGGUAUAUAUAUAAUAAAUAUAUAUAGGUAUCUUUUAAAAAUAAAAGAUACAUUGUAAAUGAAAAUUAAAUUUUAUGCAAUAUCUUGUUUUAAUUUAGUUUACUCUAAUUUACAAUUUAAUUGUGCUUAAAAUUAUAUAUUUUAGAUUCAUAGUAAUGUAGAGGAUGUAUUGAUUGGUUUUACAAUGAUUUUUAAUUUUAAUUUUUUUUUUUGUGAACAACUUUUUUACCAAAAAUCUUAUUCAGAUUUUCAAUUAAACCAUUUAUUUCACACAUCAUUUUUUUGUCACCCUUAUUUUUGGACUUCCUUUUUUGAUUUAAAAUAGUAAAGAAAUAUUAGUUUAAAUAAAUUUUGUUAUUGAAAUUUUUGAUUUCCGUCAACAACAGAUGAGAUAGUACACUUUUGAUAUUUGGUCUGGGGAUUGUUUUAAUAAUGUUUUUAUUGUUGUGUUCUAUCACUGGAUGGUCUCUAGUUUUAUGAAAAAUAGUUUUUGUGAUUUUGUAAACAAAAAUUUAAUGCUCCCUAAUUGUUACCGCUCUAGACCCGUUUCUGUAGACUAUGGAGUAUAGGGACUGUGCCUAUAUACGCCUCUGCCUACAACAAUGGUCUAUCAAUGAGGCGAAAUAUGUCUAAAUAAAUAGUUUUUCUUAUUUUCUACUAGGUUUCUGCUACCCUUCCUCCCAUAUCAAUGCAUUUAGACAUUUUGAACUGAGAGACAAAAUUUUUACAAUCAUGUAAACAACAUUAUUUAAUGUUAAUAUUAUAUUUAUGUUUAGUUGUACGACGAAAAACCAUUUAUGAAUAUCAUAGAGUGUCUUUUAAUGAGGAUGAAGUAGCAAAUGAAACUGUUAUAAUUUUAACUGCAUUACAAACAUGUCUGGAGAAAAAAAAUUGUUCCAGUUGUAUUAAAAAAGAUACUAAUUUCCAAGUAAUAUUAUAUUACAGCUAUGAUUAAAAAUAAUAAUUAAAAAUAUAAGGUUUUUUACUAUAUUUACUUGGUUUAAUUAAAUAUUAUUAAUUAUGCAUUACCUAGAAUUUAUAUUGUACAAGUUUUGUUAAAUAAUAAGUUUUAAUUAUUGUGUGUUAGUGUUUCUGGUGUGAUAACCGUUGUUCUAACGGAAUAGAUCGUAAUCGUCAAGAUUGGCACAAGAAAGAUUGUGAGAAAUUGAAGCUUAUAAAUGAAGAUAUGUGUACAACUGGAAUAACAACAUUCGCACCUCCAAUUGAUAAUUAUAGUGUGGAAUCUGUUAAAUCUGAAUCUCGUAAUAAACCUUUAUAUACUAAGUAUUAUUAUUAGUUAAAUUAAUAGUAUAUUUUUGUUGUUUAGAUACAAGUUCUUCAUCUUCUAGUACGAGUUUGUUCUUCAUUGCAUUGUGUGUUUCAUUAAUGAUAAUGUCAUUAGUUUGGAUAUUGUAUGCCUAUUUAAAUCCACAUACACGAUCUGGACAAAUGCUAAUUAAAGUAUUAAAAUUUUAAUUUAUAAGUUGUAGUAUACAGUGUUUUUUUUAAUAUUAACACUCAUUAUUUCAGGAGUUUUAUUGGCAUUUUCUUUAUGUUAAAUUAAUAAAACAUUCAAAUUUUAUAUUGUAAUUUUCAAACUAUUACUAAUUUAUUAAUUUAAAUUAGUAGAGAUUUAGAUGAAAUAAAUGUUGAUGCAAACGUUUCCAUUUACAUGGCGAGAUAUCUUACUAAUAAGUAUAUAAUUUUUUUUUUUUUUUUGAUAGUGUAAGAGUAGUGAAGCAUUAAUUAUCUGAUUGCUGCUCCGCUACUCAUCUAUAUCAGCAAAAUAAUGAAAAUUUUCAUGUAACACAUUGUCAAAUUAAACAUUUCAACAUCAAAUUGUAUUUCAACUAAAACUAUGGACAUUUUUAAUGUAGGCUGCCAAUUAAAACAUACUGGUAUACGUUAAUACUUCUUGAAGUAAUGAAUUUUUAGUGGUAAAAAAUGUAUCCUGUGUUGUUGAUUAACAACAUAUUAUAUGCUUCUAAAAGUUAUACUAUGUAAAGUGACUGCUUCAUAAAUUAAAAUAAAUACGUAGAUUUUUUUAAAUGGUUAGUCUUCAGAUUGGUGUAGUUGUAAGUUCUGAACUUGAAGACUUUUUUUCCAUUUUUAGUUUGGACCUACCUCCAGUUAUAACUAAUUUAUUUGUAUUUUGUUUUAGUAUCGACCAAAUCAAUGGGGUUGGAGAAAAGGAGAAGCUCGCUAUACAGCUGCUACUAUUCAUAUGUGAAAUGAAAUGUUGACUGAUAUUAAAACAACGAAAAGGUUGUAUCAUUGAUAAAUAACUUAUUUUAACAUGCAUUUUUUUUUAAAUAUUUACAGCAUUGAAGUUUGCUGAUUGAAGUCUAUGUUUGUAAUGCUUAAUUGACAACAAAAUAUAUUCAUAAUAGGUGAUUUUUUUUUUUUUUUUGAAGAACUUAUUUUUUAGAUAUGAAUUUUAUUACUUGAACAAAUAAUUGAUCUAAUGAUACACUUAUACAAACACACCACACACACACAUACAUACAUAUAUAUAUAUAUAUAUAUAUAUAUAUAUAUAUGUAUAUGUAUAUGUAUAUGUUUUUAUGAUGUGCAUAUGACUAGCUGCGUAUCUUAUGUUAUCUUAUAACUUUAAUAGACUAACCUUUCAUUACUAAACUAUACAAUUUAUUAUAUGUACCUAUAUUUAUACGAGAAGAUUUAUAGGUAUAAUAUAAUAGUUAUGAAUUGGAACUUUUAUAUUAUCUUACAUUUCAAAAACUGUUAUCAUUUGACAAUAAGAAAAAAAAAUAACAAUUUGAUAUAUUAAUUUUUUACAUAUUAUAAACUUAUAUUCAAUCAGUUUAUAAUAUUACCUACUGUAUAGAUAAAUAUUUUUUUUAGUGGUGUUUAUAAACAGAAAUAUGUUUAAUAGUUUUCCAUAUAAAAUGUUUAAAUACAAAUUUUUUAGCUAAAUAUUUAUUUUAUAUGGUUAAUUAAUUUAAAAUUAAAAAUGGUGUACUUACUUUUUUCCAAAUAUUUACUAUUAUGUAGAAGCUCAAUAUGUUUUUAUUAUGGCAUUUUUAAUGGUUGUUGUUCAGUAUACAAUCUAUAAACUAAUUUAUGUUUUCACCUUGAAUAUCAAAACUAUGGUAUAUUUUUAUAAGUUUUACUUAAAAAUUACCGUUUUACUAUAUUAAUUAACAUUUAUUAUUUUGUUUAGCCAGUUCUUUUUACUCUAUUAGGAUAGAAAUGUUUAAACUAUGAAUGUUAAUGUGAACAAAUUAAUGUAAAUACUAGAAAAUACAAAACGAACCAAUGUAAAUAGUCAGGUCAAACAUGAAUGUAUGUAUUCAUUCAUGUUUGUAUUCGUUUUCUCUAAAAACAGUAAAUGUGUGAAUAAUAAAUGAAAUUUUUUUAUAUGCAUGAUGUACUUAUUGGACAAAAAAAUGAAUAGUGUAAAUAGUACCAUUAAAUGUUAACUGAAUUCUAUUUAGAAUUUGUUUGGAUAUGUUCACCUAUAGUCUAAACAUACCUCAAGUCUAUUCCUAACAGCUUUAAAAACUGGUUGUGUUUGCAUAUCUUUCUUCCCCUUCCCUACAUGAAACAUAUGACCAUUGAUGAUGAAUGAAAUCUAUUAGUUAUCAAUCACAACUUAAUUUUCAUUGAAAGUUUGUUUUGAGUGUCUAUAAUUACUAUUAGUUUUCAUAUCAUAUUUUAACUGUUUAAAAUUCAUAAAAAUGGCUUUAUUUUGUAUUUAACUUAUACACAAAAUUCUUUUAAAGUAUACGAUUUUUGGAAAAAAUAUAAUUCAUAAUAAUGUAUUAGAAUUUGGACAUUGUUACAUGUAUGAACAACAAAUUAUCUACUAUUAUAUAUACUUCUAUUAUUACUAAAUAAAACAAACUUAAAAAUAGAAGUAAAAUAAACAUAUUAACAUAAAAAAGAGAAAAAAAAUUGUUUGUUCCCAGAAAUAAAUAAUCAAGGUCAAAAAAAGAAUCUGUAAUAGCACAAUAUUAGAAGUGUAUAAUUUUAUUUAGUAUAAGAAUAGUAUGUAGGUAGCAUACUGAACAACAGCCUUAACAUAUUUACUGACUGGAUGUAGGCAUAUGGUUAUAUUAGGCAUUUAUUAAAAAUUAUUAGGCAAAUUGUACACACAUUAAUAAUUAUAGUUUUAAUAUCAAUCUACUAUUUAUUUAGAAAGAAAGAAAUAUUCUUUAAAAAAGAGUCCAGAAUUAUAUGCAUUUAAGAAGUAUACAUAUAUUAUUACACAUAUGUAAUUAUAUUACUUUUUAUUAUCAAAAAUGAUUUUUAACAAAAACCUACUAUUUGUACACUGAGAAUCAGUGGAUUCUCAGUGUACUGGACUUUUUGUUUGCCGAAUAAUUGCUCAAUUAAUUAUAAUCCCGAGUUCAUACUUUGAACUUUAAAGUACGGUUUUGUUUCUGCAGUCGACUGCAGACCACUGGUCUAAACACCAGUCACUACAGUCAACUGCACACAGCAUGUGCGACUGUUGCAGCAGAUGACACUCGUAGUGACUGCUGCAUUCGACUUCAAAAAUGAAAUCAUACCUUAACUAGCUAAUUUACUUAUUGUAUUUUACCUUAUAAAGAUCCUUUAAUUUUUUGAUUUUAUAAUUAUAAUGUGUUCAAUAUGUAAUAAUUCUUUGUGCAAAACACUAUUUUAUACAUAAUUAACUCAUAUUGGACAUUUAGUAAAAACUAAACAUAAACUAAUUUCAAAUUUAAUCAAUUAAUAAAUUAUAUGUGCUUAGGUAUUUAGUUUAAUGUCUAAUUUAACCUUGUGCCUAUGACAAUAGAUAUAUUUAUAAUAAUUUAUUAUAAUGUGAAAUUAAUAUGGUUAAGCACAUUAAAUAUUGUACUUACAUGUACCAAUUUUUAUUUUUUAACUCAAGUAUAAAUUGAAAUAGUGAUCUUUAUAUCAUUGUUCUAAAAUUAAGUUUAUUGUUUUUGUACUGUUAAUCUUAUGAAAUAACAUAAUUUGUGACAUUGUACUUAUAUUUUAGUCUUAAUUUUUUAUUUUAUUAAUAACAAAAUAAUAUAUUUACAUGUUAAAUCACAUUGGGUAUCAAAUAAUUUACAUUACACUUUUGAUGCUUAUCAGCCAAUUUAUGUCAACAAUAAAAAAUUUGUUUAAAAUUAAAAUAACAUUUAAUUUACUAUGUUCUAAUAAUUUCUUAAUGUAUUAACGAGCUUUAUUUGAAUAAGUGUUGAAAAAUUAAUGUUUAUAUUUGUAUGUUUUAGAAUCUAUUUCUGAUAUUUUUUUAAUUAAAUAAAAUCUUUAUAUUCUUUAUUACCUUAAAUAUUUUCACAAAGUGGAAUAUUGGAUUUAUUUUAUAAUUUCAAAUUAAAAAAUGUUAAUAACUAUUUAUGUUGGUAAAUGUUAUAUUUUAUAAUUGUAUAUUAAGUUUUUAUGGUUUAGGGAAUUGGCAAUAAUUUUAAAACUACUAAGUACCAAAUUUAUUUUUCAAUAUAACACUGUUAUGAUUAUUACAUACAAUGAUCAUAGUUUUAUGUAAAUUGUU